GGUCUGACCUCAUCAUCCUGUCAGUAUGGGUUCCCACCUACGCUGUUAGCGGCAGCUUUCUGGCUUCAGCUAAGCUGGAAGUAUUCACAGGCAGAGGGGGAGGGGAGAGAAAGCAAGAAAAACUGCUCGCUCUCUCAGCACUUGUGCUUUUGUUAGUUCUACACAAGAGGCAGAGAGAAACAAGAGAUAACAAAGGCUCCAUUUCCUUUCUGUUAGAGAAGGCUUUUGUCUUUUCUCGGGCAACAAUGUCAGUGUCCGGCAAGAAAGAGUUUGAUGUGAAACAGAUCCUGAGGCUGCGCUGGAGAUGGUUUAGUCAUCCUUCUCAAGGAUCCCCUAACACUGGAAGCUGCCUUCAGCAGGAAGGAUAUGAGCAUAGAGGGACCCCGGUGCAGGGCAGGUUGAAGAACCACUCACGGGACAGAAACGGACUGAAGAAAAGCAAUAGUCCUGUCCACCACGAUAUACUGACGCCAGUGCCAGGACCAGCCCCUACCCAUCAAAGAGUCCUUCAGAAUUGGCACCAACAAAACGUGAUAGUACAUCUUCAAGCAAAUGAAGACACUCCUAAAGCCGUUCCAGAAGGAAAUUUGCUCAAAGAAGCUUGUGAGAAGCGCGCACGAGAUUUGGAGAUGAUGGGUGAUGACAAUAUAGAAGAUUCUAGAGCACGACAAUAUGCUGAGGAGACUGAACAAAUGAAUGUCAUUUCUGAGGAUCACUACCGUUCUCGAAACCAUGCGGAUUAUACGCUCUGUAAAAUGGAAAGCUAUUUAAAAGAGAAAAAACUGUGUGAUGUGCUACUUAUUGCUGGACCGCUUAAAAUCCCAGCUCACAGAUUGGUUCUCAGUGCUGUGUCUGAUUAUUUUGCUGCAAUGUUUACUAAUGAUGUGCUUGAAGCCAGACAAGAAGAGGUCAAAAUAGAAGGAGUGGAUCCAAAUGCACUUAAUUCUUUAGUGCAGUAUGCUUAUACAGGUGUGCUGCAACUGAGAGAAGACACCAUUGAAAAUUUGCUGUCUGCAGCUUGUCUCUUACAGCUGACUCAGGUCAUUGAUGUGUGCUGUAAUUUCCUCAUAAAGCAGCUUCAUCCUUCAAAUUGCCUAGGAAUUCGCUCAUUCGGAGAUGCCCAGGGCUGUAUCGAGCUUCAGAAUGUGGCACAUAAAUACACCAUGGAACACUUCAUUGAUGUCGUAAAGAACCAAGAAUUCCUGCUGCUUCCAGCUAAUGAAAUAUCAAAGCUUCUGUGUAGUGAUGACAUUAAUGUGCCUGAUGAAGAAACAAUUUUCCAUGCUCUUAUGCAGUGGGUAGGUCAUGAUGCUCAAGCUAGGCAACAAGAUCUGGCGAAGCUGCUUUCUUAUAUCAGACUGCCAUUACUGUCGCCUCAGUUGCUUGCAGAUCUGGAAAACAGUUCAAUGUUUAGUGGUGAUCUGGAAUGUCAGAAGCUACUAAUGGAAGCUAUGAAGUAUCAUCUCUUGCCUGAGAGAAGAUCCAUGUUGCAAAGCCCUCGUACAAAGCCUAGAAAAUCAACUGUGGGGGCACUUUAUGCUGUAGGAGGUAUGGAUGCUGCUAAAGGUACCACUACAAUUGAGAAGUAUGACCUCAGAACCAACAGUUGGAUCCAUAUUGGCACUAUGAGUGGUCGUAGACUUCAGUUUGGAGUUGCAGUUGUUGAUAAUAAACUUUAUGUUGUGGGAGGAAGAGAUGGCUUAAAAACUUUGAAUACUGUGGAAUGUUUCAAUCCAGUUACUAAAACCUGGGUUGUGAUGCCUCCUAUGUCAACACAUAGACAUGGGCUAGGCGUAGCCACACUUGAAGGACCAAUGUAUGCUGUUGGAGGGCACGAUGGCUGGAGCUAUCUAAAUACUGUAGAAAGAUGGGAUCCUGAUGGACGUCAGUGGAAUUAUGUGGCCAGCAUGUCAACCCCAAGAAGCACAGUUGGAGUUGUUGCAUUGAACAAUAAAUUGUAUGCUAUUGGUGGGCGUGAUGGAAGUUCCUGCCUCAAGUCGAUGGAGUACUUUGACCCACAUACUAACAAAUGGAGUCUGUGUGCUCCAAUGUCCAAAAGACGUGGAGGUGUAGGAGUAGCAACACAUAAUGGAUACUUGUAUGUUGUAGGGGGUCAUGAUGCCCCUGCUCCUAAUCAUUGCUCCAGGCUUUCUGACUGUGUGGAAAGAUAUGAUCCAAAAAGUGAUUCAUGGUCAACCGUGGCACCUUUGAGUGUUCCUCGAGAUGCUGUUGCAGUAUGCCCCCUUGGAGACAAACUCUACGUGGUUGGUGGAUAUGACGGUCAUACCUAUUUGAACACCGUUGAAUCAUACGAUGCUCAGAAAGAUGAAUGGAAAGAGGAAGUUCCUGUGAACAUUGGAAGAGCUGGAGCAUGUGUUGUUGUUGUGAAGCUACACUGAAAUUAUCAUUUGCCAAUGCAAUGAAAUGGAUUUCAAGAAUGAAGAUUAAACAUGUUCUUUUAUGAAGUUCAUAAGCAAACUAAAUGUUGUUGUGUCGUUCUCAUAUAUAGUUGAAACUGUUAACAUUCGUAAGGCUGAAAACAAAAAUUAAAUGUGGAUUACAUGUUAGUGUUAAGUGUAUGUGCUCAGAUUAUAGUCUAAUGAGAAAUCCAAUAUGCUAUGAUUUAGGCUCAUUACUCUAAAAUGUUAACAUACCUAAUGGAUAUUUCAUAGUAGGACAAUAUUUGAAGGUGAUGAACACAUUAAUAAUUUU